CUCUCCUUCAAAUAUCGGGUACGGCGUCCAGGACCCACGCCAACGGAGAGAGCUCCGUGAGCGCUUUCAGCGCUUUCACUUGAUGGUUCUCGAACCCUUCGGGGCGAGAUACGACACACACGACGCACACGCGACACGCGACCACGCCGACCAGAUCUGAGAUUCGUGUACACCAGGUCUCCGAGGGGGUGGAGAGGCGCUUGACCGUGAGCAAGACGCCCGAUGUCACGCCGACGUUCAUGAGCUCUUCAUCGCCCGGAGGGCCUGCUGGCGCCUCCGCGUCCGAUCUGGACCACAGCGACCUGCGACCGAACAUGCUCGCCGCAACCUGGAUAACAUGGACGAUCGCCCUCAUCUUCGUCUUGCUCAGACUCUGGACCCGCACCAGGAUCGUGCACACCCUCGGCAUCAGUGAUUGGUUCAUUGUACUGUCUCUGAUAGCUGCAGGAGGGUGCUGCAUCAGUAUCGUUGAGCAAUGCAAGCAUGGCAUGGGUAUACACCUGUACGACAUUGACCUGCCAGUCGAUUACAGCCCACUGAUGGAGGUUCGUGUUGUCCUGCAUGGUGGAGAUAUCUCGUCCAUUGGACUGACACUGGACAUACAGGCAUGGUGGUUCUCGCUGCUCUUUUACGUGCUCAGCUUGGCCAUUACGAAGGUGUCCAUCUGCCUGCUCUACCUGACCAUCUUCACCCUCCCGUGGGCACGCAGAGCGUGCUACCUUGUGCUCGCCAUUGUUGUCCUCACGAGCCUGUUCUCCGUUGCCGCAACCCUUACAGAUUGCAUCCCACUUCAGGCCGUUUGGGACCCAACCGUUACGCCCUCGUUCUGCCAGCCGCAGGACACCUGGUGGGCAAAUACAGGUUGCGUCAUAGCGACCGACUGGAUGAUCUUCAUCCUGCCCAUUCCCAUGGUCCUCCCACUCAAGCUCCCCACUCGCCAGAAGCUCAUCGUUGUCGGCGUCUUUGCAGUGGGCUUUUUCGUCUGCCUCGUCUCCCUCAUCCGCCUCGUCAUCCUCAUCCGAACCGAGGCCCCCGGCGCCGGCCCCGACUUCACCUACAUCGGCGCCGACCUGCUCUACUGGACCGUCAUCGAGGUCCACACCGCCAUCGUCGUCGCCUGCGCCAUGACCCUCAAGCCGCUCGCCGCCCGCCUCUUCCCCCGCCUGCUCGCCGACUCGCCGCCGCGCGACACGCUCCAGACCAGCGAUCUCAACACCACCGUCGGCCACGCCAGCGGCGGCAGGCCGCCGACGAUCGGGUCGAGGCCCGCGCGGGCGGCGGCAGGGGAGUAUAUGGCGCAGGUGCGUGGGAAGCUGGGAGGGGAGGGCGGUAGGAUCGGCGACGUGGAGGCUGCGGUGCGGGGUGCGGCGGGGAGGGAGGACGGGAAAAGGGAUACGAGUGGGUUGGAGUUGCUGCCUGGGUCGUCGCCGGGGAGCGAGAGCAGUACGAUCGGGAAGACGGAUGCGGAGGUGGUGGCGCUGGUGCUGCGGAGUUCGUGGAUGAAGUGAGGAGCGAUAAGGUGGUGGGGAGGGCUGGGGAGUUGGGCAGGGCUGGGGAGCUUGGGAGGGAGGUCAUCUCGAUACGUCUGGGGUGGAAGAAGGAGUGGCUGUGGGCCAGUGGUUUUGUUGAGAUGUAUGAUUGCCAGGACUGGGAAAGCGGAAGGAUGUAAUGCUGGAUGCGGCGGGUUGUGGGAUAUUCUCACUCGACUGGCACUAUACUGGGAUGGGACGCGGGGUUUUUUGGGCGCUACGUCAUGGGAUACAGGGCAUAAGAGGUGGUACAAUCUUGCCGGAGGUAUGCCCUCUUGGCGUUGAUGCAUAGCAUUUGGGGUUUACUGGCGUUCAAGUUGACCGCAUUAGGGGAUUCGACCUGUCCUAAUUGUGUGCUGGUCCUGUAACCGGUACCUGGGAGGAAGAAGGAAGAGCACAUUUGGGAGGAUCCAUUAUUGGGCUUUGUCAAAGCAUCUUAAUAUUACAAUACAGUUGUCUCUAGGCUGGUUCACCGAG